AAUAAAAAUGGGUUGCUAACUAAACCCCAAACAAAAACCAAAUAAACAAUUAAUAAACUCAAACCCAACAAUAAUCUUCCAUGUUCUCUUCAUCUUAAUAAAUCUCUUAAUAAUGUCAAAAACUAUCACUUUUAAUCAACUUUCAAAUUUAUUUAUUCUUAUAUUUCACUUCCCCAUUUCCUGGAUCCUACUCACUGUGAUCCAUCAACUUUUUCUUGAAUCUUUUUUGAUUACUUUGUAACGGAAAGCGCUUGUGGGAGAAAUUAAAUACACGAACGUAGCAGCAGAAUGUUGUCCAGCGUUUAUACCAUUUUAUUGAUAUUUUCUUGAAUUUAUUUUUCAAGAAACUGUAAAAAAGAUUGAAUCUUUCAUGCAACCCACUUCAAAACUUUAAAAAAGAAGUGCAAAAAAGGUGUAAGUUUGAGUAAUGGGGGAAGAUAAAGAAGUGUUGAUGAGAGCAGGGAGGUCUCUUGCUGAGACUCCUACUUACUCUGUUGCUUCAGUGAUUACUGUCUUGGUUUUUGUUUGCUUCAUGGUUCAACGCUCUAUUUAUAGAUUUGGAAAGUGGUUGAAGAAGACUAGAAGGAAGGCUCUGUUUGCUUCUCUGGAGAAAAUUAAAGAAGAGCUGAUGCUGCUUGGGCUUAUAUCUUUGUUGUUGGCGCAAUGGGCACGAUGGAUAUCUGAGAUUUGUGUAAAUUCAUCUCUUUUCAGCAGCAAAUUCUACCUUUGCUCCGAGGAGGAUUAUGGCAUUACUAAAAAUGUCGUCUUUAAAAGCUCGUCGUCGUUUUUACUUAACAAGUCUGAUAUUCCUCCUAAAGGGAUAACCGUUCGAACGUCUCAUCAAUGCGGUGAAGGUCGUGAGCCGUUUGUUUCGUUGGAGGGUCUAGAGCAACUCCACCAGUUUCUGUUUGUUCUUGGUAUAACUCAUGUUCUUUACAGCUGUGUAGCUGUUGGUCUGGCCAUGAGUAAGAUUUACAGCUGGAGGAAAUGGGAAAACCAAGCCAUCUUAGUAGUCGAUGGAAGUUUACAAGCAAAGAAAACCAGGGUGAUGAGGCGACAAACUACCUUUGUUUUCCACCAUACAUCUCAUCCAUGGAGCAGGAGUCGUAUUCUCAUUUGGAUGCUAUGCUUUCUUCGACAAUUUAAGAGUUCUAUAAAGAGAUCCGACUACUUGGCAUUGCGAUUGGGUUUCAUCACCAAGCAUAAAUUACCACUUUCUUACAAUUUCCAUAACUAUAUGGUCCGGAGCAUGGAAGAUGAAUUUCACGGCAUUCUGGGGAUAAGCUGGCCGCUUUGGGGUUAUGCAAUAAUAUGCAUCUUCAUAAAUAUUCAUGGUUUAAACAUUUACUUUUGGCUCUCAUUCAUUCCUGCCAUUCUUGUGAUGUUGGUCGGGACAAAGCUUCAGCAUGUUGUUUCCACAUUAGCCCUUGAAGUUAUGGAGCAAACAGGUCCAUCUAUCGCCGAUCAAGUAAAGCCUCGAGAUGAUCUGUUUUGGUUUGGAAAACCGGAGAUAUUGUUAAGGCUGAUUCAAUUUAUCAUAUUUCAGAAUGCCUUUGAAAUGGCAACAUUCAUAUGGUCCUUGUGGGGAUUCAAGCAAAGAUCAUGCUUCAUGAAAAACCAUUUGAUGGUCGUAAUACGGCUGGUCUCUGGGAUUCUUGUUCAAUUCUGGUGCAGCUACAGCACUGUACCACUGAAUGUCAUUGUUACUCAGAUGGGAUCCCGGUGUAAGAAAGCGUUAGUUACCGAGAGUGUUAGAGAGUCACUUCACAGCUGGUGUAAGAGAGGGAAGGAGAGGUCUAAGCAUUCAUUCGCAACAAGAUCGGUCUGCUCGCUCGAUACAACAAUCGACGAGGGAGAUGAAGUAACGGUUGCAUCGGGGACUAUAUCUCGAUCAUCUUCCUUAGGCUCAUUGAAUGAGGCAACAACAACAGUGGCGCCUCCCGAACAUGAAGAAGAUGCUUGUGAUGACACUUCAAAUACUCAUCAAAUCGAGCUCUCCUUGCGGAUUGAAGAGUACUUAAAUGACAGUACAUCACAUGCUCCUAUAAUCGAGGAAGAUGACAAUGCAGGCAACAGAGAGGAACCAAGAGUUGAGACUCUAGCAGAAGUGUUUCAAAGGACUUGAGUGUAUUCUCCUCUUUAAUUCUAUUCUCUUGUUCCUCAAGUUGUAACCUUCAACCUGAAAGUGAAAGCUGCAUCAGUUUUAGGUUAGAAUUACAAAGUGAAACAAAAAGUAUUAAAUGAUAACUUAAUUUAUAGUUUCAUAAAGGCUAA